AUGGUCAAGUUUCGCGGCAUCGAGAUUUCCAUCAUCUCUCAAUUUGACAUCUGCAAACUGCCAGAAUUUCGCUUGCGUCAAACCACUCCGCAGUCUGACCCUUUUCGGGAACUUGGUUUUAGUUCCUCGUCGAACGCUGUUGCCUCUUGUUACGUUCCGAUUUACGCUGGCUCGCAGGUCUGGUUCGAGUACUCUAUCGACGGUCCUCAUCCCCCAGAAGGCAAAGGCUAUCUUUUCAAGCUGUUUAUUGAUGGGCAGUUCGUCAUAUCUUGGGACUGUACAGAGAAGCACGAUCACCACGGCAAAAUGAUGUACAACCUUAUCUGCGAGGGCAAGAACGAGGAUACUGGCGCUGCUCAACUCACGAGGGAGGCUCUCAAGUUCUCUGAUGUUGAUCCAAGUGCCGAACCAUCGGAGCAACAGGAUGUCGCUGAGAUCCGUAUCCACCGCAUCGAGCACCGUCAACGCGCCCGCGAGGUCGAGGUCAGGCUUGGGCGCACCGAGUACAAGGCGAAGUCAGAGAAUGGUCUCCGACUCACUGAAGGUGGCUUGCUGGAGCCUGGCUUCCCACAGCGUCGCUACAAGUACCAAAUCCUCGAUCCUAUCGACGAUCCCUAUGCUACGUUUCGUUUCCACUAUCGAACUAUUGACUAUCUCAAGCGCCACGGUAUCGUCGAGUCUGCAACAGACUCCACUUCGAGCUCUAUUAUUUCGGCUGACUGCAAAGAUGCGUCCUCGACUCUUCGGGCACCGGAGGAUGCUGAACAUACUGUCGACUCGGUCAACCUCAUUGCUUCAACGACACACGAGGCCUCUGUUUCUCCCUUCGCCGUAGCCAAAAAAGGUCCGUCCGAAUGCACAUCUCAGAAAUCAGACAGCUUCGUCCCUCCAAGCGACUCUGAGGAAUCCCUCAGUCUGGUGACGAAAGACAGCAUCGAGGAUCUGUCGUCGAUGGUUCCCAAAUCUCCGAAAACGCCUCAUGCGUCCGCACCUCCCAAGCCUCCACAUUCUCCCAACAAAUCGCCUCAGACUUUCGAAGAGAUCAUUGACUACCAGACCAACGAUGAACCUGUUCCACCCCCUUCGCCAAGCAAAUUCUCCAUGUCACCUCGACGACUACUCAAAAAGAAGCUCACGGUCAACAUCAAUGGUACAGAUUUCAAUAUUGAGCGAAAGAAGCGGCCUCUCAGCCCGUUCAAUGGCGGUGGCAAACUAAGAAAGCUUGUUCCGCCAUCUGCCCCCCCUGCGCUGACUGAGUUCGGUCCGACAGUCAAGGAUGAGGUAGAGAAGCUUGAGGAGAGGAUGAGAAAGACCGAUGAAGACGUUCCCGCCGUUCCAAAGGAUGUCAGACGUUCGACUAGGGCUGAGAGGGGUGGACGUCAGCUGAUGGGGUUCUUAAACCGUCGUCUCGGCAGGGAGUGA